CGCCUCUGUGCCGCGCUUCCGGCAGCGCUGCAUUGCUCCGGGCGCUGCAGCGUACGCAGUUUCCAUGGGGACUGAACAUGGCGCCGCGAGAUAAAAGAUUGUCCUCAACCCCUCUGGAAAUCCUGUUCUUUCUGAAUGGGUGGUACUAUGCUACCUAUUUCCUGCUGGAGCUCCUUAUUUUCCUGUACAAAGGUCUCCUGCUGCCAUACCCAACAGCCAACCUAGUCCUAGAUGUGGUGAUGCUGCUCCUUUAUCUUGGCAUUGAAGUAAUACGAUUGUUUUUUGGUACAAAGGGAAACCUCUGCCAGCGAAAGAUGCCCCUGGGCAUCAGUGUGGCCCUGACCUUCCCUUCUGCCAUGAUGGCUUCCUAUUACCUGCUGCUGCAGACCUACGUGCUCCGCCUAGAAGCUAUUAUGAACAGUAUCUUGCUCGUCUUUUGUGGCUCAGAGCUGCUGCUUGAGAUGCUCACACUGGCCACUUUCUCCAGUAUGGACAGGAUCUGAAGUACAAGAAUUCCAGUUGGUAGCCCAUCAGGUCACAACCCAUAUCCGUCUGGUACUUCAGCCACACUUGUGAAAAGUGGUAGGUCGAGCUGACCUGGGAAAGGUUUGUGUGGUUUUUCCUCAGCACAGACAUUUGGGCAUUGAGCACCUACCUGAGGCCAGUGGCACCAUCUUUAAAGCGGGAUGGAUCAUCAGCAGGAGACUCUUUCCUUUUGUUGAAGGGGCAAGGCUGUCCCCAUCUUGGUGUUUCUAACAGCUUCCUAAUGACUUCAAGUUCUCUUUUGUGUCAUUAUGGCCAGAGAGAGCUCCUUGUGUGGCCUGUCUAGUUUUGUCUGGCUUCCAGCAGAACCUGAGCCACAGUACCCUGUACGUAACGCAUCUGCCCUACAUGACCAUGCAAGAAAGCCUCAUAAUGGUGGGCUCUUAAGCGGAUCCCAAUGUGUGUUCCCCUUACCCUCCUCCUCAUCCUGCUCAAGGAGAUGGUGAGCUAGAACCCACUUAGUAGUUCACAGUAGUAUUUUUCUAAUUCUGAUCAUGAAGCAAACACAAAUUUUUUUAAUAAAAAGUAUUUUCUGGUAUGUCUUUUCCCUAAGAUGCCUCUUUUUUUUUUUUUUUCCUGACUUAAAAGUGUUAUUCAUAUUAUGUUUUAUUAGGUUAAGGUUUUGUCUACAGAGCUGUUUGUGGCCAUGGGACCGAGGAGGGCCUUACAGCCUCUGGAUUACUAGUUACAGGUGGUUAAAAACUCUCCUGUGUGCUGGGAAGGUAACCAGAGUUCUCUGAGAACAGUAAUUGCUUUUGCAGCUGAGUUCCCACAAACUGAAUCUUUACAAAUAAAGUCUUCAUUUUCUUUUCCUUCUC